GCAUCAUACACUUUUUGUCCGUGCACGCGUCUCGUGUCUCCUGCGAAGAAAAGGGGCUCCACCUAUAGUAGUAGCAGUAGAUGUAGUCCAUGUUCUGGCUGCCGUGAGCGUCGAUCGCUAGGUAGCUGUCCACUUAAUGAUAUGAACUGCCAUGAACUUUUUUGAAUACCUCAAACUUUUGGACCUGUUCGCGGACCUUUCUAAUCAUGCCUUAAUCUGCUGUCGUCAGAGAUGCAAGCGCACUAUUUUUGUCGUGAGAGAGCGGCUGACCAACCUGGCAUACCACGGCUUUCCAUUAUCUGAAAGAGCAGAGCUCACCAAAUUACUCGACACUAUUGACCUCGAAAACUCAGACAAAUUGGGCCUCCGUGCCCCGAAUAUUGAUUGCAAAGCUGUUCUCAAUGUCGACAGCCUGCGAGUUAUUUUGACUUUCAAUAUUGCUGACGACGCUGGAACGUUUGACCUCGAGCAAUAUCGCAUUCACCUGGCUGGUUGCUACCAGAUUCUGUGCUCUACCAGGGCCCGACCCGCCGAACUAGUAGACGGUGAAAGAAAGAAGCCAAAAGAUGGCUCCUUCAAAAAGUUAUUCUUGCAAAAAGUCGUCGACUCAGCCGACGAUAACUCGGACGACGUAACGGAUACCCUGGACGAGGAGUCGUGGAAGAUAAAGGAGCUACUCUCCAUGGAGACAACAAAGCACGGUUAGCCCAAGGCUCUUUGUUAUGAAGAUAUUCUGAUGAUGCUUGUACACCAUCCUGUCACAGGACUGCCCGUCUUGACCAUGGCAAUUAAGUUCAUUCACCACAAGGGAGCUGACGACAAAUCCAAGCCGCACGGUUCCAAUCUCUUCCCAAUGUGAAUAGUACAAGCUAACUGAUGCAUCGC